AGCUGCUUCCUCUACUUUUUCAUUGCCGGUCCUCAUCUUCCACGCGUAUUGUGACAUCGAUCUCCACCACGACUCGGAGACGUAACCGUUGAUACCCAAACCGGGAAAACCCAGCUCCACCUCUCGGAACUCUUUCUCCUCUUCAACUUUCGCCGUCGUCGUCUCUCUAUUUUCUCUGCGGACUCUACUCGCUUCCGAUUCGGUUCAGCUCCAUUUUGAUCGGACCUCUCCCAGCCAUGUUCAAAUUCUGGGGAUCACAGGAGCCACAAGCUCAGCCACGUCCUGAGGACGCUUCAGCACAGCAGUCCUAUUAUCCUCACUCUGUUAACUCCCCGAGCUCUUCUCGUCCUUUAACUCCGAGUAGAACCUCUUCCGCUUCCAAUUUGAGUUCUAGGGGUAACUCCCCCUCACCUGUUUCUCCCACCGAAGCUGCCGGUGUUAUUGCUUCUUUGAAGGACAAAAGUGUUGAUGAACUACGAAAGCUUUUGUCUGACAAGGAUGCAUACCAUCAAUUUUUCCUGUCGCUCGAUCAGGUCAAGGUUCAAAAUAAUUUAAGGGAAGAGCUACGAAAGGAAACUCUGCAGUUAACUAGGGAAAACUUGGAAAAGGAACCGCGCAUGGUGGAACUUAGAAACCAGUGCAGAAUAAUUAGAACGACAGAGUUGGCUGCCGCGCAAGAGAGGCUAAAUGAGCUUGAGCGACAGAAAGAAGAAACUUUGAAGUUAUGUUCACCUUCUUCCCUUCUCCAAAGGCUUCAAGAAGCAAUGAAUAAGACGGAGGAGGAAUCUGAAAACCUGCACAGGCAACUCCUCGAUAGUGAAAUCGAUCUUGGGACUUUUGUUCCGAAAUAUAAGAAGCUCCGCAACACUUACCACCGGCGAGCGCUUGUUCAUCUUGCAGCAAAAACAUCUUCAAUUGGCUGAAAUUGUUAUAGUUAUGAACCAAAAAAAAAAAUGUACAAUUUCUAAUAGAUACAUAAGAGAACAAUUUGGAAACAAUGCUCCUAGAUGGUUGAUUUCUGUUACUGUGUAUGUGUAAAAUUUGGUAAAUUGCUUGUCAUAGCAUUAUUAGUAUUCAAUUA